AUGGCAACGCUCACAUCCCGCAUCUCCCUCCAGGGCGACGAGCCCGACGGCCCGGAAGACUACCUCUCGACCUCGCUCGGCGUCAUCUUCCCCGACGACAUCGUCAACCAGCACGGCGACGCAGAGCACUCCCUCGUCUACGCGUCCCCCAAGCUCCCCAAGCCGCUGCUCAUCGAGCUCGCCGACCCGGAGGGCGAGACGGACAGGAGGCUGUUUAGUCACUACCUGUGGAACGCCUCUCUGCUCCUCGCCGAGCUCAUUGAGCGAGAUUCCCUGGACAACGAUGCAGCUGCUGAUAGCAGUGAAGAAGAAGAAAAAGAAAAGGAUGAGGGCUUGGGCAAGGGAAUCAGUUUCGAUACGAGGGGUCUGCACACCCUUGAGCUCGGGGCGGGAACGGCGCUGCCUAGUAUGAUGGCCGGGCUGCUCGGCGCGGCGAGCGUCGUCGUGACGGACUAUCCCGCCCCGGCGGUCAUCAAGACGCUGCGCGCAAACGUCGCGCGCAACAUUAAGCCUGAGCUUGCGCCCGUAGGCAAAGAGAGUCUUGUGACGAAGGAGGUGCUUGUGGAGGGCCACGAAUGGGGUAACCUGGCGUUCCCAGCUUCGCACAAGCACGCUUCAGACCGCCUCUUCGUGGCAGACUGCCUCUGGAUGCCCUGGCAGCACGCCAACCUGCGCCGCUCCAUCAACCACUUCCUCAAGAGGGACGCGUCGGCACGGGCGUGGGUCAUUGCGGGCUUCCACACGGGGAGGCCCAAGAUGGCGGGCUUCUUCGACGCGGAGGCGCUGCGCGAGGAGGGCGGCGUUGAGGUUGAGAGGAUGUGGGAGCGGGAUUGCGACGGCGUCGAGAGGGAGUGGGAUCGGGAGCGCGAGGAUGACAUUACGGAGAGGAAGAGGUGGCUUGUUGUUGCGGUGUUGAAGAGGUGUGAGGACAUGGUGGAUGGGUGA